UUUUCCGUCAGGCAUUAGGUGGCCCUAUCCUGCAGGGUGGCAGCUGAAGGACCCCUGAGGAAAAGAUCCUCGGAGCGGUUGAUGUGUGUCUGUCAUCGACGCUUUAUUCGUCAAAAUCAGCGUCUCGUCGCUCAGAUUCGACAGGAUUUCACUCGCCAUCGGACUCUGAUCGCACCGUGAGCGGCGGAAGCUCCGUUUCACUCGUCUAUUCUCUCGUUUAUCAGGUUUAUCAGCGGCGGAGACGAUCAUGAGCGCUCCGGAGACUCUGGACCGAGAAGAGCUGUGUGACAGUCUCCUGACAUGGAUCCAGACGUUCGCUGUGGACGCUCCAUGUUCAGCAGUGGACGAGAUGACCAGUGGAGUGGCCAUGGCACAAGUCCUGCAGAAAAUAGAUGGCAUGUAUUUCACUGACGCUUGGAUCAGUCGUAUCAAACCUGAUGUUGGAGACAACUGGAGGUUAAAGAUCAGUAAUUUAAAGAAAAUAUUGAAAGGUAUUCUGGAUUACAACCAUGAGGUGCUCGGUCAGCAGAUCAAUGACUUCACUCUUCCAGACGUCAGUCUCAUCGCAGAGCACUCAGACGCAGCAGAACUGGGCCGAAUGCUGCAGCUCAUCCUGGGCUGCGCGGUCAACUGUGAACAGAAGCAGGAAUAUAUCCAGACCAUCAUGAUGAUGGAGGAGUCUGUGCAGCACGUGGUCAUGACGGCCAUCCAGGAGCUGAUGAGUAAAGAGACGCCCGUGUCCUCAGGAAGCGACUCGUUCGUCGAUCUGGACCGACAGCUGAAGAAGACGGUGGAGGAUCUGAACGACGCUCUGGCCACUAAAGAGGAGAUCGCUCAGAGGUGUCACGAGCUGGACAUGCAGGUGGCGGCGCUCCAGGAGGAGAAGAGCAGUCUUCUGGCUGAGAACCAGGUUCUGAUGGAGCGUCUGAACCAGUCGGACUCCAUCGAGGAUCUGAACAGUCCGGCGGGACGCAGACACCUGCAGCUUCAGACGCAGCUGGAGCAGCUCCAGGAGGAGACCUUCAGAUUGGAAGCGGCUAAAGAUGAUUACCGCAUCCGCUGUGAGGAGCUGGAGAAGGAGCUGAUGGAGGUCAGAGGUCAGAAUGAGGAGCUGACGUCUCUGGCCGAGGAGGCGCAGUCGCUCAAAGAUGAGAUGGACGUGCUGAGGCACUCGUCUGAUAAGGUGUCGAAGCUGGAGGCGCAGGUGGAGGUGUAUAAGAAGAAGCUGGAGGAUCUGGGUGAUCUGAGGCGGCAGGUGAAGCUGCUGGAGGAGAAGAACACCAGCUACAUGCAGAACACCGUGACACUGGAGGAAGAUCUGCGCAAGGCCCACGCCGCUCGAGCACAGCUGGAGACAUACAAGAGACAGGUGGUGGAGCUUCAGAACAAGCUCUCCGAGGAGUCCAAGAAAGCAGACAAGAUGGAGUUUGAGUAUAAACGAGUCAAGGAGAAAGUGGACUCUCUUCAGAAGGAGAAAGAUCGCUUGAGGACGGAGCGAGACUCUCUGAAGGAGACGAAUGAUGAGCUGAGGUGUGUUAAAGCUCAAGAGUCUCAGCUGACAUCAGGUUUGGUGCCGCUCAGCAGUAACGAGCCGUCUGAUUCGCUGGCUGCUGAGAUUGUCACACCAGAGAUUCGGGAGCGUCUGAUUCGCCUGCAGCAUGAGAACAAGAUGCUGAAGCUGGCUCAGGAGGGAUCAGAUAACCAACAGAUCGCUCUGCUGCAGAGUUUACUGGAGGACGCCAACAGCAGGAAGAACGAGCUGGAGACGGAGAACAGGCUGGUGAACCAGAGGCUGCUGGAGGGUCAGUCUCAGGUGGAGGAGCUGCAGAAGUCUCUUCAGGAACACGGAUCCAAAGCAGAAGAUGAUACGGUCCUGAUGAAGAGGAAGUGUCAGGAACAUCUGGACAAAUUAAAGGACGCCAAUAACGAGCUUCAGAAGAAGAGCGCAGCAAUUGAAGAGCUGGAGAACAAACACACUUCCAGCAUUCAGAGGAUUGAAGAGCUGGAAGAUGCACUGAAGAAGAAGGAUGAAGAUAUGAAACAGAUGGAGGAGAGAUACAAGAAAUACCUGGAGAAGGCUAAAAGUGUCAUUCGUACGCUGGACCCCAAACAGAAUCAGGGUUCUGCUCCUGAGGUUCAGGCUCUGAAGAACCAGCUGCAGGAGCGAGAGAGGAUGAUUCACUCACUCGAGAAGGAGUACGACAAGACGAAGUCUCAGAGAGACCAGGAGGAGAAACUGAUUGUAUCUGCCUGGUACAACAUGGGGAUGGCGCUGCAGAAGAAGGCGGCUGAGGACCGGCUGGCCAACACAGGUUCGGGUCAGUCCUUCCUGGCGCGUCAGAGACAGGCCACCAGCUCCCGCCGGUCGUAUCCGGGCCACGUGCAGCCCACCGCAGCCAGGUAGAGCGCUGCCGCGGCAACCCUCGCCGCAGCCAAUCAGGAUGCCCGACUCCACCCCCCACCCCCCAUCCUACCUUUCUUAAUAUGCUCUGCCUCUCCACUGAUCUGACCAAUUGGGGUAUCCGGACAAGCCCACUAUAACCUAUCAGCAUUAAUGAAUGAACAAACUCAAAGGAGUUUUUUGCAGUAUUUUAAGGGUUGUUACUGACACAGUGCUUUAUUUGCUCUUAGACUGGUCUAGGGUGCUGUUCCGUCUUCAUUCUUUCAUCUGUACUCUUUAUUCUCCAUUAAUAUCUAUGCAUUGAAUGCACCAAAAAGAUGUUUAUUUAAAUGUGUAUUGCUCCGCCGUUUCUUCCAGCGAUUGGGUGCUUUACGUUGCUUGUUUUGUUGAUUCCUUCCCAAUGCCUUAAUGCAGACUCACCGCUGCUGUCAAUCACUGACUGACACCUGUCAAUCUCUCUCUUUCACAGUGACAUUAAAGCAUGACCGGCAGGGGGCGGGGCUGCAUGCCAUUGGGGGCGGGGCUGCUGAUGACAGGGGGCGGGGCUGCAUGACUGCGUGUGAUUUGAGCUCAUGCUGCUGAGUUUAACCCAUUGCUGCACACUAACUAACACAGAUUGUUAACUGCUGUCCUCCUGAUCAGAAGUGGGCGGGGCCGGCGCCUGUCAGUCAUGCUGUUGGCGAGAGCUCGGCCGCUGGACGCUUACUUUUUAAAGACGGAUGAACUCCGACAUGUUUUCAUAUUAGUCGCAUCAUUGUGGAGUGAUUCAGUAUUUUCUGUAGUCUAUGAUCAUCAUACCUUCAGUGUCUGGAUGCUGGACGUGUUUCAGUAGAAUCAGUGUGAGAAUGAGAGUGUUGCAUCUGCUCCUUCUGUUUGUGUUAAGUGCUUUUAAUGAUGACGAUGAUGAUGAUGAUUCUGACAUAGUGUUACAAACCACAGCAGUACAUAUUAUGACAUUUAAGCCUGCUCUGCUGCUUCUCUUCUUCAGCUGUUACUAAAUAUUCAUGUAAUAACGCACAGCGAUUGCCGGACGGUAUAUAUUUUACUCCAGCAGUGUUCUUGUGUGGUUUAUAAAAGGCGAUUGAAUGUGUUUCUCAUGAGUUCAGAGGUCAAACACAACCGUCCAUGAGCAGAGAAACACCUGAUUGAUAAUUGUGAUCAGCAUUCAAUCGUGAUCUGUGCGAUUGAAAAAUCGUCUGAAGUAGCAAAUAUUUGUUCCAUUUGCCAAGUUUUAUAUUGCUUGUAUACAAUAUGUACAUACUGUAUGUGUGUGCGGCUGGAGGAAGCGGUUAGAUGCUUUCCAUAAUGUGUCUCCAUUCACACUCUGUUGAUGAAUCUGUGCUUCCAACGCUGCAGAACUGUACAGUUGUUAUUCAAGUUGUAAAUAAAGCUUGUAAAAAAAAAAAAAAA